AUGAAUGUUCUUCUGUCACAGGCCAGUGUGUUUGGGGAGGUGGUGGAUUUGCUCAACGGCUCCUACUCUGUGCGUUUUCUUCUGCCGUGGGUUGGAGAGGCACAGGUGGCUGUGCGUAUGAUCCACUCCAGUGAAGCUGUGCAGGUCCUCAAGCAUCACAGAGACACUGACUCUGACAGAGUUUUCUUUAAUGGAUAUUUUGAAGGACCAGGACCAAAUGGGACCAGGUUGAAAGAAACAGUGAAGUGUAAUGUGAAGUGGGACAAAAAUGGACUGGAGAGGAUGGGGACUGGAGAUUGUUGCUGUGAUUACAAAGAUUCUCACAGUGGAGAAGAAUGGCGCUGUCAAAGACCCAAAUCCUUGCCAUGCGGCGCUCGCGUGUAUCACUCUAUGGGCGGGUAUAACAACCGUGUGACUGUCAAUGAAGCAAUGUUUAUGAAGCAAACCAACAAAGUCAUCAAUGGACAAAGAACAACAAUCAAGAUUUUUCCUUCCAAUGGAACAGUGGGAAUUGAUGUAACACUGAAAUGUCGUCCUGGUUUGCACUCACCAGUUCCAGCUGGGUUUUACCUGAAUGAUGUCUGGACGUCCUUUGUGUGUAGCACCCGUCAUUUUAAUACCCAAACAACAACACAGUGCCUGAAAGACAAACACAUCUACAUGAUGGGAGACUCUACCAUGAGACAGUGGUUUGAGUUUUUUAUGAAAGCAGUACCAACUUUAAAGCAGAUGAACCUGCAUGUAGAAUAUCACGGAGGUCCACUUAUAGCAGUGGAUGUGGAUAACAACAUUGACUUACACUGGAGGUCUCACGGUCUUCCUCUGCGCUGGCUGAAAACUGAAGUUUCUAAUCUGCACUACAUCAGUAAUGAGAUUGAUGAUCUGACUGGAGGACCUCACACAGUUAUUGUCUUUAAUCUGGGACCACACUUCACAACAUAUCCUCUGGAUUUCUUCACCAACAGAGUGUUAAAGAUCCGCAAAGCAGUGCUAGAUUUGUUACAACGUGCACCAGACACUACUGUUAUAAUCAAGACCGUAAACACCGGCUAUAAGGAUGUGUUCGGCAGUGACUGGUAUUCUCUACAGUUGGACAGAAUCCUACGGUGGGCUUUUCAGGAUGAGCUGGGGUCCCACGGUCGACAUGAUUUCACCAAGUAA